GGGAUAAUGGUCAGCCAAAUCAAGCCAAAGAUCGUCAAGAAGACCAAGGGAUCGUUCAACAGAUUCCAGUCAGAUCGUUUCCACCGUGUUUCCUCAUCAUGGAGAAAGCCAAGGGGUAUUGACAACGCUAUGCGUCGUCGCUUCAAGGGUCAACCAACUAUGCCAAAGAUCGGUUUCGGUUCAAACAAGGUCACCCGUCACUUGCGUCCAAACGGCUUGAAGACCGUUGUCGUCAACAACACCAAGGACGUUGACCUCCUCCUCAUGCACUCUGGAAAGUUCGCUGCUGAGAUCGCUCACAACGUCUCCUCAAAGAAGCGUGUUGAAAUUAUUGCUCGUGCCAAGGCCCUCAACGUUAAGGUCACUAACGCUGCAGCACGUCUUCGUUCAGAGGAAUAAAUUAUGUAUUAAUCACCCAUGAAUGAGUACUCGUUGUCGAUACAUCUUGGUUUGCAAGC